AUGUACCAAAGAUGUUUAGAUUGUUGGGGUAUUAAGAUUAAGCAAAAUGUACCAAAUAUCUUUAUACCCGAAGAUAGUUAUCCGAACGAAGUUGAUGAUCCAUUUGGCAAUGAUGCAAAGCAUCGCAUGUCUUUAUUGUAUGGUGUGGCUAUGAAAAAGCGGAUGCCUUAUCAUGAUGGAAACCCACGGGAUGGUCCUGAUCGCCGAUAUGAGUGUAUUGACGAGUUAGUCGACCGAGUGUUUAUCAAGGAAGGGAACACUGAUGAUGAAGAAACAGACGAAGAGGAACAAAAUAUUUGA